AUGGCCGGCUGCAGCCCCGAGGAGAAAACUUACCGGCGCUUCCUCGAGCUCUUCCUAGGCGAGUUCCGCGGACCGUGCGGCGGCGGCGAGCCAGAACCUGAGCCAGAGCCGGAGUCCGAGCCCGAGCCCGAGCCCGAGCCUGAGCCGGCGGCGGCGGCGGCCGAGGGGACUCCGGAGGAGGUGGAGGACGAGGCGGUGGCGGCGACUGCGGUGCGGGUGCCGGAGCCCGGGGAGGAAGAGGAGGAGGAGGAGGCGGUGGCCGCGGAGGAAGAGGACGGGGACGGGGAGGGCACGGAGGAGGGGGUGGCCGACGAGGUGGGCCCGGGGCACCAGUCCGGGCCCCCGCCCCCGCCGCCGCAGCAGCAGCCGCCGCCGCCCCUGCCCCCGCUGCCGCGGCCGCUCUCGGAGCGCAUCACCCCGGAGGAGGUGGAGGGCGAGAGCCUGGACCUGUGCCUGCAGCAGCUCUACAAAUAUAAUUGCCCUUCCUUUUUGGCUGCUGCUUUAGCCAGGGCAACAUCAGAUGAAGUCCUUCAGAGUGAUCUUUCUAUGUACUAUAUACCAAAGGAAACAGAUGGCACAGAAGGAACUGUGGAGAUUGAGACAGUGAAAUUGGCACGUUCUGUCUUCAGCAAACUACACGAGAUUUGCUGCAGUUGGGUGAAGGACUUCCCUCUCCGCAGGAAACCCCAAUUGUAUUAUGAGACAUCCAUCCAUGCCAUCAAAAACAUGCGCAGGAAAAUGGAGGACAAACACGUCUGCAUUCCUGAUUUUAAUAUGCUCUUCAAUCUAGAGGAUCAAGAAGAACAAGCUUACUUUGCAGUGUUUGAUGGGCAUGGCGGAGUAGAUGCUGCCAUUUAUGCUUCUGUCCACCUCCAUGUGAACUUAGUACGCCAGGAAAUGUUCCCCCAUGACCCUGCUGAGGCACUGUGCCGGGCCUUCCGGGUGACCGAUGAGCGUUUUGUGCAGAAAGCAGCCAGGGAGAGCUUACGCUGCGGGACCACAGGUGUGGUGACAUUUAUCCGAGGCAACAUGCUCCACGUAGCCUGGCUGGGUGACUCUCAGGUCAUGCUUGUGAGGAAGGGCCAAGCUGUAGAAUUAAUGAAGCCACACAAGCCGGAUAGAGAGGAUGAGAAGCAACGAAUUGAGGCCCUUGGAGGAUGUGUGGUCUGGUUUGGUGCCUGGAGAGUGAAUGGAAGUCUGUCUGUCUCGAGAGCUAUUGGAGAUGCUGAGCAUAAGCCAUACAUCUGUGGGGAUGCAGACUCUGCCUCCACUGUUUUGGAUGGGUCUGAAGACUACCUCAUUUUAGCUUGUGAUGGCUUCUAUGAUACCGUGAACCCCGAUGAGGCAGUGAAGGUUGUGGCCGACCACCUGAAGGAAAAUAAUGGAGACAGCAGCAUGGUUGCCCACAAAUUGGUAGCAUCAGCUCGUGAUGCUGGGUCAAGUGACAAUAUCACUGUCAUUGUGGUAUUCCUAAGGGAUAUGAACAAAACUAUAAAUGUUAGUGAGGAAUCAGACUGGACAGAGAACUCUUUUCAAGGAGGUCAAGAAGAUGGCGGGGAUGAUAAGGAAAAUCAUGGAGAAAGCAAACGCCCCUGGCCUCAGCACCAGUGCUCAGCACCUGCAGAUCUAGGCUAUGAUGGGCGAGUGGACUCAUUCACUGAUAGAACUAGCCUGAGCACAGGGUCCCAAAUCAAUGUGCUUGAAGAUGCAGGCUACCUAGAUCUCACAAAAAUAGAAGCAAGGAAACCUCAGAGUGCCAAAUUUUGGUCACCAGUUGAAAUGUUUGGUCUUACAGUACCAAAGAAAGCAAAUCUUGUUAAUGAUAUAAUAAUGGAGAAAGAAUCAGUCCGGUCUUCAGUGCAUGAACAGCACGAUGCUGGAGAAUACCCUGCUUAUCUUAAUUUGGGUUCCACAGGGCAGCAUAUAUACAGAAUGCAGAGUUUGUCUCCAGUCUUUUCUGGGUUGGAAAAUGAACAGGAAAAUGAACCCCCGGGAAAGAAAGUUUCUAGUUUCUCUCAUUUACGCCACUAUUAUGCAAAGAGACGGCAUGGAUUCAGGCUCAAACCAAAGUUUCAUAUGUUUCUCUUUGCUCACGAGGCUUCCCACAAAGCAGGCACAACCAGCCUGUCUUCACUUAUUCGAAGUGGGAAUAGAAAUAAGAGGUUGGUAAGAAGUUCUCUGCCAUGGAGACAAAAUGCUUGCAAAAAGUCCAGUGAGAUUCUGAUGGGGAUGCUUAGAAACAGUCAUUGUAUACCAUAUGCAGACAUUCCCUGGAGCAGUAAAAUAUAACAACUCUUCUUUAAAGUAUGUUAGAUACCUCCCCCCCCACCUUCCCCAAUAAAACAAUAUCAUCAGUAUAGAAAACAAGAUGGGCGUUUCAGAAACAUGAAAUGUUACCAUAUUACCAUUUCAUGAAAGGCUCAAUUCUUGUGUGUAAAUAAUCUCUAGGAAAUUUUGAAAAGUGUUUCAAUCUUAAAUACUAGUGAUUCUACUCCCUAAACUACACUAUGAUCCAUGUGUGCACCCACACUUCUAACACACACACACACACACACACACCUCCUUGUGUCACUAGUGGAAGCUGGCUUAGUUGGUUCAUUUGAUUAGCUGCAGUCAGGAAACAGUUUUGAUCUGGCUAAAAUGUCUAUGGAGCAAUAUAUAUGUGUGUGUAUAUGUGUGUGUGUCUGCAUACACACACACAUAUACAUACACACACAUUUUUUUUAUAUAUAAAGAGAACCUAGUUUAGAACUGUCAAAUUUAGCACAGAAAAUGUUCCCCAAAGCCUGGGUUCAUUUCUGGGUUUUAUUUUUUUUAUUAAUAGCUUCCCAGGGAAAGAACUUUAGGAAAAUAUCCACUCUGUAGGUAAAAGAUUAAAAGCCAUAUGGAUUUUAAUGGGGCACACAGGAAGAGGGAGUCUAAUGUAAAGUCUCCCCUUCUCGGACUCAGAUUGAAGUACAGUCAGGCAUAAAAGCUAAACAUAAAAACUUUCCUCUAGUUUAAAAAAUCUUUUUCUUGUAGGGCUUUUUCAGAAUCUUUUUUGGUGCUUUUUUUUUGGGAGAUUUUAAGAUUACUUUGUCAACCGAUUUUAAUCUGUGAUGUUAACAAACUCCUUUUUCAUUGGACCUUCAUCUCAGGAGUCAAAAACAAUCAGUUUUAUCAAGAUAUUACCAAGGUAAAAAUACGCCAAUUAGUGCUAAAUUGACAAGCAAGCUUAAAUAUUCAAAAUAUGUUUUCCCAAUCUAAUAAUCUAUGCUUCUUAUUCAAAUGUUUCAGUUUAUAGAUAGCAAAGGCAUUUGUUCCCAUAAAAUAUAGUGUUAAGAGAAUGACAAAGCAUGUACCCCACACACACACCCAAGAAGCUGAAGCAUUAGGAACUUUUUCUUUAGCUAUCUGGUGACAGACUGAGAACAGCUUAAAAUGAGCCUGAUGCUGAGCAAUGACGGGGGAGAAUGAUUAGAUAGGAACUGCAUGGCUACAAAUUCAGUGAGAACUCUGCUACCAUGCAGAGGUGAAGACUGGAGAUUUCUCAGUCUGUUAACAUCAGUCUUGAAAUGAUUCAAGUUGUUUUUUUUUUUUUUAAGGCCCUAGUUAUUAGUGGAUUUAUAUAUUUACAAGUUGGUAUAAUAACCUCAGGAUCAUUAAAGGAAAUAGUAAUGAAUCAAAUAUAGAAAUUAUGUUUACCCAACAAGGGUAUAGGCACUCACAUCUAAAGACCCAGUGCUUAUUGCUAUGUAGUUAGCUCUUGCUGCUUAAUCACUAAUCAUCAGAAGAAUUAAUAGUGGUGACCAAGUUGUAGGGAUUCUAGAAAUCAUUUCUGUGGGCUACUGAAAUGGUGGUAGUUGCAAAUUUUGCCUUCCUAAUUAUGUGUUUCCAUAUUAAAAUUAGUUUACAUUUAUAUUUCCUGAGCAUAUAUAAUGGAAGGUACAAAUUUAAAUAUAUACCAUGGAUAAUACAGAAAAAGUUGACUCUAGCAUUUUAACAGUACCAGUGAAGCUAUGAGUGGAUUAACAUGAGCAUGUCAUUAAAUGUACAGAUUUUAUUUUCUAAAUAUUUGGAUUCUUAAGUAUAAAUAAGGCUUGUAUCCUACUGAUUUUGGAUUUAUUCCUUCUUCCUAUUAGAUCUAUGAAAGACAGUAAGAUUGGAAAACAAUGAGUAAAUAGGUUUCUGAGUGCAGCACAGGAGUCUUUUAAUCAUUCUUCAGGGUACAAGUUCACGUGUUAAGACAUCAGAAGACCUCCGAUUUGUUGAAUUUUGAAGCCUCAGAUGUCGUUGUUAACAUCCUAUUGGGUAUACUUGCUGUUUCAAAUCAAACUGUUUGAGGAAACUUAAGAAGCCAGAGGCAGCAGUGGGGUUUUCUUUACCCUUUGUAUUCUCUUCUCAAUCUGGAUGAUAAGCUUGAAGUAGGUAGUCUGAAGGUCUCUAAAUUUAAUAUUCUAAUCCCUUUAAUUAAGAGUACUAAAAUGAUGAGAAGUCCAUCUUUGAUGAAAGUAACUAGGUUAAGCUUAUUGGGUUGAGGGGGGGCAGGGAGGAACACAUGAUAGAACUUCUUCCUAGUGUGCAGAAAGAAUUGACUUGGCACUGGAAUGAGUACUCACAUCUGCUAAGGGUCUGGUUUUCUAGGUCUAAGUAAACAUUUUUCAUAUAACUAUCUAACCCUUUAGAAAUUAAAUCAACAGUAGUUCCAGUGUGAUCAAGGUAUAAACCAAUAUUGUAAAAAAUAGCAAGUGUUCAUAUUUUCACCACAUGCAUAUUUAUAGAGUAGUUAGGAACCAUUUGUAAGGUAAGUCCUUUAAAAUUCUAUAAUACAUAUUAAAGUAGUGGUUAUUGGUCUGAUUUAUGCUGCUCUUGAUUCUACACACUAGACAAAAAGCAGUGCUUUGUGAGAUGCAGUGUUUUAUCUUCAUGCCACUGGUGAUAGAAAGUAGUUCUCUUCAGUUCACACUCCUGUGCCCUUAUUUGCUGCUUGCUGACGUAAGCAAUAAGAACCCCUCUAAUGGUAUCUAAACGUUUUUGUAUCACGUAGUUAAUGACAGUGUAUUUGGUGACAGUGUAAAAAUACUAGACAGAUAUAAAAGCAUCUAUAGAAUAUAUUUAUUAACCGUUAAUGCUCAAGUUUAGUCUGUGAAUUAUGCGUUUUGUAUUUUUACUCAUCAUGUAAUUUUGGUGGUGGUGAAAUUUGUACAACCAAUCCUUAAAGAGCUGCAGUAUCCCUUUUGCAAUUUAACAUAGUUUGCAUCAGUUUCAGUUUACUGGCCAAACAGGCUUUAUAAAGAAUACAAGGUAGUUUAAAAAAGAGUUUGGGUUUGUUUUUUUUUUUAAUAAAAACUAUGUUUGUUUGGGAAACAGACUCCAGGCCCCUAGCCUGAAGUUACUGAAAACUCCUUAUAAGCUCUUCACUGUGAGUUUCAAAGGGAUUCAAUCCCCAAUUUAAUGGUUUCGUUUUGAAUUUUAGAUGCGCAGUUUUGAGGAAUAUCUAAAGUUUGGUAACAUUACAGCCCCAAACCCUGGUGCUGUUAUUCCCAUUUAGAUUUGCACUAAAAAGGUGGGUGGAAACUCACACGUGUAAAUAUCUUUUCUUUACCUAGAAGUGCCAUCCAUUGUCCUUGAAAGUAACGAAACAAAAAAGUUAUUAACUGCCAUUGAUCAAUACUGAUUCAGUUAGCCAGGGCAUCCUGAAAUGCAACAGACCUUUUCCAAGGACAAUGUCAAAGCUGAGUUUAACUUUGACCACAUUUCUAGUGGUGUAUUGUCAACACUGCAUUUUCAUAAGCUUCCACUCCAUUGUUGGAACACUGUGUGUCAGUAAGAUAAACAUGAUGCAGAGAAGUUCAGUGUUAACAGAGAUAACUGCUGUGGUUCACAUACUUCCUCCCCAGCAAAGGUUUGCUGAAGCUCCAUGAGGAAGACUGACUGAAAUUACCAGUUGUCUUUAACCCAAUUUGUUCAUUCAUUCAGCACUCACCUAGGCAAGGCCAAGAAAGGGGAUACUACAGCUUUGUUUGUACCUAUAAUUUAGGGAAAUCUUUCUUUGGAUCCUAACUGCACCAGGAAGAAAAGUAGUUUUCUCCCCUUGUGUGCCUAUAAACCUAUAACUUGUUGGAAGGAUAAACACACACCUUUUGUUCUUUGACUUGUGUAAAAGUUAACAUUCUUUUUCAGAGCUAGUAGCAAAACAACACAAUCCUAGAGCUGCCCAGCAAUGCAACUGAUUAUCCAGGGAAGAGGAAAUGUUAGCUUCCAAGGGACCAGGCGCUAUUUCCAUGUUUUCCUAUAGCUGCAUUUAGCUUCCAUUUGUAAGACUAUUUACCUUACUUACUAAUUAGAAGAUAGGAAACAGGAUAGGGAACCCUGGUUGACACAGCUGUCGUCCUUGAAAAAGAAAUCCUCAUCAUAAAACUUUUGACGUUUUGUGUUAGAUAUCCACAGAUGUGUUAUUGUCAACUCUUACACUGGGUGCUCUUUGGUGACAGACACGCUGUGUUCUCUUGUUCAUGACAUUUCUCUGCAAUGAAUUCUCUGUGGAGUUAAUCAGUUGAAGCAAAUGAUUUUCUUAAGAAGUUUAACUUUUCAAUUUGCAAACUUGCUCUACGGCUCACUUGUGAGUUCAGUUGUAAUCAUGUAUUAAGUCAUUCAUAUUUUAUUUAUUAAAGCUGUUCAUUCAGUAAGGACUAUGUUGAAAUUUUGCCAGUAUCUUAAUAAAACACAGCGAUUUAAAAUAA